GCUGCUGCUGCUGCCGCUGCUGCUGCCGCUCCCGGCCGCGCCGGCCGCCCAGGGCUGGAGCUCCAGCAGGAUGAAACAUGAGUUAUAGCAUCUCUCCCACAAAGCGAUCCCAGCCCUGCCUGGAGCGCGGGCCUAGGUGGAAAAAACUCCCGGAUCUGGGUAAAUGCGGAGGGAAAGACAAAGUCAGGGCGCUCAGGGAACACCGGACGCCGCGGAGCUCCCGCACCAGCCUCCUCCCGGGGCCGGCCGGGGGGCUCCUGGGGGAAGCGGCAGCACGGGGAGGUCCCCAUGGCUGUCCCCAUCCCUGUCCCCGCAGAGCUGCCUCAGCAGGCAGCAGCUCCUGGCUGCCAUCCGGCAGAUGCAGCAGCUGCUCAAGGGGCAGGAGACGCGCUUCUCCGAGGGGCUGCGAGCCGUCAGGAGCCGCCUCGGCACCAUCCACGCCUCCCUGGCCAAGGAGCCGCCCGCCCCCUCCUGUCCUGCCCUCCAAGCCCCUGCGGAUGGGAAGAAGUUCGGCACCAAAUAUUUGGUGGAUCACGAGGUUCACUUCGCCUGUGAUCCAGGAUUCCAGCUCCUGGGCUCCAGCACACGGACGUGCCAGGCCAACGGCAGCUGGACGGGGCAGGAGCCGCGCUGUGCAGAGAUCAGCGAGUGCUCGAGCAGCCCCUGCCAGAACGGCGGGACGUGCCUGGAGGGGCUCGGCCACUUCGAAUGCCUCUGUCCCCCGCAGUGGGCCGGGACCAGCUGCCAGUACCGCGCUCAGACCGCUCCUCCCGGCUGGAGCGUGUCGGAUGACCCGGCCUUCAGCCGGCAGCCCCGCUGCGCCCAGCUCGCCCAGAGCCAGCAGUGCAGCUGCGAUCCCGGCUUCCAGAUGAGCGGCACGGCUUCCAACGGCAUCUGCCAGGACCUCGACGAGUGCGAGGUGUACCAGCAGGAAGGGGGACCCCGGCUGUGCGCCCACGCCUGCAUCAACACUCCCGGCUCCUUCCGCUGCUCCUGCCCCGCCGGGUACGUCCUGCUGGGCGACGGCAAGAGCUGCGAAGAUAUUGAUGAGUGUUCCCUAUCCCAGGAUAACUGCACGAGCGGGAGCAGCUGCAUCAACACGGGCGGGGGAUUCCAGUGCGUCACCCCCGAGUGUCCCCCGGCCGCCGGCAACAUCUCCUACGUCAAAACCUCCCCCUUCCGCUGCGAGCGCAACCCGUGCCCCAUGGAGAGCCGCUCGUGCCACCAGGCCCCCAAAACCAUCUCCUUCCACUACCUGCCGCUCCCCUCCAGGGCGCGGGCCCCGGUGCCGCUGUUCCGCAUGGCUCCGGGCCGGCCGGGCCCGGACAGCCUGCGCUUCGGCAUCGCGGGCGGCAGCGGCCGCGGGCACUUCGCGGUGCGGCGCUCGGAGCGGCACGCCGGGGAGCUGCUGCUGCUGCACAGCCUGCGCGGGCCCCGCACCUUGCACGUGGAUGUGGACAUGGCCGAGUACCUGGAUCGGGCCUUCCAGGCCAAGCACCUGUCCAAAAUCACCCUCUUCGUCUCGGCCUAUGAGUUUUAAGUGAGGGGGAUUGUUCCUUGAUCCCUGCUCGGCUGCCCGUGGCUCCUGGGGGAGGUCCAGGCUGGAGCCGGCCGGCGGCCGCUCUGUCCCGAAGGUCUCCAUCCCGGGGGGGAUUUACGCCUGCCUGGGUAGAUUCACACCACCAAAUGAGGUGGAAAAGUCCCAUCCUCAUCCCGGCUACAACAGCAGAUGGAAACCACGGCCCUGAUUUCCUUUGAAUUCCCAUUUUUUCCUUUAGGAAGCGGCGAAGCCGAGUGUGUGGGGGGAGAGAGGCUCACGGCCUUUCCCGCUCUCCUCCCUUGUUGCACCCAGACCUGAUCCCUAAAAACACACUUCUGCUUCCCUCUGGAUGCUGAGAAUCCCCCUGGCAGCCUGAGAAUCCUGGAAUCCCUGUAGGGAUUGAGGUCUGGCACCCCUGGGAUCCAUCAGGGCUGGAAAACUCCGUGGACAUCCACCUGGGUGCCCUCUCCGGCAAGCGGGGCAAAGGAGCAAUUCCAGGGCUAUCCCUGCUCCUCCAACCUCCCAAAUGGGGAUCCCCCAUGGGUCCCCCUCCCAGCAGAGCUUCAGCUGCACGUGGAGGUGGGAAUAUUCCCUGCUCCAUCAGCCAGAGCCUCCAUCCCGGCGUAGGAAUGCUGGGGAGAGCUGGGAUUCGGCUUCUCCCGGGGGAUUCACCCUCCUGCUUGUGCAUGUUCCGCAUGUUCCCUCAUCCCGCUGGAUUUAGCACAAUUAAAGGAUGAUGUAAAGGAUG